CCCAUUCCCCCAUUCCCCCAUUCCCCGUACCACUCACUCACUCACCCACUCACUUACUACACCCCUCACCCACCAAGACCCAACCGGAGACGUAAAACAAAAGAAAAAGCGAGGAAAAUGUCCUACUACUUCACCAUCCUCUCCCCCACCGACGUCCCCCUCUUCAACAUCGCCUUCGGAACAUCCAAAUCCGGCGGCGAUGGCAUCGCCCGCUUCCGGUUCCCAGAUACAGCGCAAUACAUGAACCAAUUCAUUAUUCAUUCGAGUUUAGAUGUCGUCGAGGAGGCGCAGUGGAUGAAUGGGAAUAUGUAUCUAAAACACAUCGACACCUACCCACCCGCAAGCGCAUAUAUAUCCGCCUUUCUGACUCCCUCCGGAGCCAGAUUCCUGCUUCUGCAUCAACCGCCGCAAUUACCUUCCAAUAGUGCCGGGGCCGGGGGCUCGAUGUCGGGUUCACUAUUGCUGGGAUCUGGUGGGAGCUCGUCGCGCGCGUCGGCGAGCUCGGUGGCGGCCAAUCCCACGUCGCCGCAGACGGAGGAGGCCGUGCGGCAGUUCAUGACGGAGGUGUAUGAGAAUUAUGUCAAGACGGUGAUGAGUCCGUUUUAUCGACAGGGGAUGGAGAUUAAGAGUUCGGUGUUUCGGGGGAGGGUUACGGCGGCGGGGAGGAAGUGGUUAUAAUUUUCCCUUUUUCUUUUCCUUUUUGUUGUUAUGGGGUUAGGCGUUAGUAAGGCAUGGUUUGCGUAUGAUACCAUGAUGCAUAAUCCAUAAGUUAUUUCAUAU